AUGGAUGCUCCGGGCAGUCUCCUUCCUCCUGUGGUUGGAAAUGCUACAGCUAAUUCACAAGAUUUACAAAAACUUCUGAUUGAUGAAAAAAUGCGAUGUGAAUACCAUAAAGCAAAUUAUCAAACUCUAAGAGCAGAACAUCUAAGAUUACAGGAGGAACAUACAAAAUCAGAAGAUGAACGGAAGCGGUUGUUAGUUGAAAAGCAGACUGUAUGUGACAAAUUUCAGUCUUUUCUUGCUGAAUGUCAAGAGGAGUUGCUGGGUAAAACACAAGAGCUGGAAAAACUGAAGAAGCAGGUGCUAACUCCUCAAAAGUUAGAGCUGUUAAAAGCACAAAUACAGCAGAAAAAAAAAGAACGUUACCGGAAGCUAGAAAAUGAAGUGGAAAAAUACAGAGCAGAAUAUAACAAACUUCGUUAUGAACAUACUUUUCUCAAAUCAGAAUUUGAACAUCAAAAGGAAGCACACACACGCAUUUUGGAAGAGAAGAAAAUAAAAUAUGAUGCUGAGAUUGCAAGACUGGAAAAAGAUAAAGAAGAACUCCGUGAUCAGCUGCUUAGUGUUGAUCCCACGAGGGACAGUAAACGUGUGGAGACACUCUCUAGAGAAAAGGCACAACUGUAUCAGAAAUUAAAAGGCUUAGAAGCAGAAGCAGCAGAACUAAGAGCAGAAAGGGACAAUUGUGUUGUGCAAGCAGAAAAUGUUCAAAGAGUACAAGUACGACAGUUAGCAGAGAUGCAGGCUAUGACAAGGUGUCUAGAGGCAGAAAAGAAGUCUGCUGAACUACGGAUUGAUAAAAUUGAAAAAGAACUGCAGAUGAGUCAGGAGCAAAACAUUCUCUUAACUAGUAAACUUCACAAAUCUGAACGAGAAGUCAAUUCCUUAGCUGCUAAAGUGAAAGAACUUGAACAUGCACAUAAAUUGGAAGUAACAAAUGUCAGACUGGAGGCAGCAAGAACAAAGAGUGAUGUAGAAAGAGAAAGAAACAAGAUUCAAAGUGAAAUGGAUGGAUUGCUGUCAGACCAGGAAAUUCUUAAGGCAGCUGUUGAACGUCAUAAGAUGCUUUUAGUAGAAAAGGAUCGGGAGCUAAUUCGUAAAGUGCAAGCUGCCAAAGAGGAAGGUUUUGAAAAAAUUGCAGCCUUACAGGAUGAAAAGUUAGAACUUGAGAACAGAUUAGCUGAUCUAGAGAAGACUAAACUGGAACAAGAUACUUGGAGACAAUCUGAAAAGGAUCAGUAUGAAGAGAAACUACGUGUUGUACAGUUGGCAGAAGAAUCUAGCAAAAAGGAACUUCAGCGUUUGCGAUUAAAAAUUCAACAGCAAGCUAUUCAGACAGAGGAGUUGGAAGAAAAGAAGCGUGAAAGUGCUGAUCUGAAACAGCAAAUUCAUGACAUGCAACUCCAGAUUGCCUCACUUUCUCAAUCAGAAAAUGAUUUCCUGGAGUCUAGUCAGAAGCUGAAGGCAAAAAUAGAAGAAUUGAAACAAGAAUGUAAAAAUGCAAGGACUCUGGCAGAAAAAAUUCAGCUGGAAACAGAAAAGACUUUAGAAAAGAAACGUAUAGAAUGGCUGGAGGAGAAGCAUAUGCUAACUCAGUGCAUCACAGAGAAAGAAGAGAAAUACAACCAAGUGAAGGAUAAGUUGCAUCGAGCUGGUGUUGCUCAGAAAAAGAGAAAGGCUCUCACUGAUAAUAAAAAAAGGAGGAUGCAAGAGAAACUAGAACUUUUGGAAGCCAAGAUAGAAGAGCUAGAAACACAAAAUCAGGUGCUAAAUAGGCAGAAUGUUUCCUAUGAAGAAUAUGUAUGCCUCAAGAAGAGACUAAAGGACUUGCAGCGUAGACACAAUGAAUUCCGGAGUUUAAUUCUGAAUCCUGACAUACCAUCACUCAAUCCACUCAGUAGAAGGUCAUCAUCUGCCCUGCCUCAUGGGCCUGAAACAUUCUUCCCCCUUCUUCAGGAGCAACAGCAUCAGGAGGAAAGAGAGCUUACCUUGCUUCGCAAGCGGAUGGAAGAACUAGAAGCCACACAGAGAAAACAGCUGCAAGAUCUGGGACCAGCUAGAGAGCGAGUAACAGUGGGCACAUAUGGGGACCUGGCUAGAGACAAGAUUGCUGGAGAAGGCAAUGCAGAAAGUGAGGACUCCAAAUAA